AUCAACAACUCAUCCAAAUACAACAGCUACCAAUACAACCACCAGUCGGACAACAACUACACCUAUCACUACCAUCUCUCCAACAAAACCUUUUAACAACACCCACAACUCUUCUAAAUACAGCAAACCCCAUCACAUCCACUAGUCUAACAAUGCCCAGCAACUUGAUAAGCACAUCUCCAAAACCAACUACAGAUGCUUCCACUACAAGAACAACCAGCACAACCAUUAAUUCUACAACCACCUUUUCAACAUCAAAAACUCUUCCAAAUACAACUGCUACCAGCACAAACCCUGGUCUGCCACCAAAUAAAUCUAUUGCAACCAUCUCUCCAACAUCAGCCACAAUUCCACCAAAUACAGAAAUCCCCAUCAAAACCACUAGUUCAACAAUGCCCAUAAUCCUAACAACCACCAGUAAAUCAACUACAACUACAACAUCAACCAGCACAACCACAGCUCCAGCAGCCACCUCUCUAACAACACAUUCAAAUGUAACAAACUUAACUAUUCCAACAAUGGUAAUGACCACAACCAGCUUUCCACAAACACUUACAACUAAUUCAACAAUGACCAGCACAACCACAAACUCAACAACAACACAAACCAGCACAAGCACCUCCCCAAUAACAACAGCUACUACUCCAACAAAUACUAUGUCAGUUACCACAACCACCUCUCCAAGAACAUCUACAUCUUUUUCAAUAACAACCAGCAAAAUCACCAUUCCAGGAACAACUACAGCCUCGCAAGCAGCCACCAGCAUAACCACCUCUUCACAAACAAGUCAACAACCAACAAACUCACCAGCAUUUGCUCAAGCAGUGGUCAGGAUGCAAUCUGUCACUAAUCUAAGUGACAAUGAAAUCAUUAUCUAUAUAGAGGAGUUUUCCAAACUCAUCCAGGCUAACGUUAAUAAGAACAUUAAGAUGACGGUAAAAAAGAUUCAAAAAGUCUCACCUUAAAGAUCACCUGCAAGAACCAGCCAAUUCUUCUUUUCAUAAAUGACUGCUAAUUUUUGCCAUUUUUUUUAGAGGUCACAUUUUCUUUUAUUUAUAAUUUUUGUAUGUGCAUUUCCUGGUGGAGAGGUGUCAUUUUAUCCACACAUGUUUUGCAAAGCACAGUUUGAAUUGAGAGAUGCUGAUUGCUAGUAACUAAAAAAAUAAUUAUCAUUUGGAUAAGAAGAUAUAUUCAUUCUAUCACAUAUAGUAGACAAUGUACCAUAGUUUAUGAUUUUUUUCAAACAGAAACAGUUAAUGAAAGAAAUACUAUAUGGUGACUAUGCUUGACAAUUAUUUAUGAACUUUUUAACAAAAACUUUUUUUCAUUGUAAUUUCUUUUAGUUGGUGUAGUCUCACUGUGUGGCAAA